UCUCUCUCUCUCUCUCUCUCUCUCUCUCUCUCUCUCUCUCUCUCUCUCUCUCUCAGGAGAUGUGGCGCUAAAGUGAAACAGACUGCAGCUCUUGCAGACAGUUAGUGAGGGACGGUAGCCUGCACACACUCCGUUUCUUCUUCACCCAGACACACCACGCGUUGCUCCAAAGUCUCUCUCUCUCUCUCUCUCUCUCUCUCUCUCUCUCUCUCUCUCUCUCUCUCUCUCUCUCUCUCUCUCUCUCUCUCUCUCUCUCUCUUUCUCUCUCUCUCUUCCUCCACCUCCAUGUGCAUCGGUCCUCUCCCCCUCCACGGGAUGAGGUGCCAGGCACCCGCCUCUCUGCUCCUUCCUCGGCUCUCUCUCGCCUCGUGUUCUCCGCGGUCACCUCGUCAUCCAGCCUCCGUCUGACGGGGCAUCCCUGAGUCGCCCCCUCCCUCCUCCCUCCACCCACAGCCCCUCCAUGCCCUCCUCCAGGACUUUCCCCCCCAGUUUGAGGAAGCCGUAGUCUGGGUCGUUUCUGUGGAGCGCUGCCGCGAAACCUGGUCCCGCUGAGAGUGGAGACCACCAGCACCACCAAGACCACCACCGUCUCCACCACCACCACCACCACCUCGACCAACUCGACCACCACCACCGCGGCUGCUUCUGUUUUCCUCCCUCUCCUCUUCUGGGAGGAUUGGGGUCUGCGUGGGACAUCUGCUGGCGGCACGCUUGCUCUCCUUGGAAGUUGCAGCAUCAGGAGGAGGACAGAUGUCCAUCGUCAGGGGGCUGUUGGUCCCGGGAGCUGAAGUCUGAAGUCUGAAGAGUGCUUUCCACAAGCCAGGCCUGACGACGGUAUCAGCUGCAUUUGGAUCUGAGCAGCAGAGUGGUGCUGAGGACCCUGACAGGGAGAGCAGUCUAUCUCUCGACAGACACACUUUAAGACAGGUGGAAGCCCGUCGCUCUUCCUUCCCACGAGAGCUGCUCACUCCUGUUGACCCCGUAACCGAAGCAUCACGGGUCCACCCUCUCAACUCACUCUGUGUGAGUGCCCCAGUGUGGGUGCCCCCCUGUGAGGGUUUGUUUUUGUGUCCUACGACCUCUUUCCCUUGGAGGAACACCGGGACACACUGCGAGAGCGGGUCAAACGUGGGCCUAGUGCGGUCGCAUUAAACACCGUCCCACCAAACGGCUGUUUGAAACUCUAAUCAACGCUUUCACCGUGUGAAGAAAACAUCAAACCGGCCCGAGAACCCACUGAGGGCAGUGACCGGGGAGCUCCGGUUUGUGUUUUUUCCCCCGCUCCGUCACCGCCACCGUCCCCGCAGCCAUGCAGGUGUCCUUCGCCUGCACCGACCACGGCCUGAAGGCCCCGCGCAACGGCGAGCACAGCAAGCAGAACGCCACCAGCCCCGGCACUACCAGCCACGCACGGGCGCGCUUCCGCACCGUGGCGCUGAUCGCCCGGAGCCUGGGCUCCUUCACGCACCGCUACCACCACAACCUGAAGGAGUCCACCACCAAGCAGACCGGCAUGAAGUACAGGAACCUGGGGAAAUCUGGCCUGCGUGUUUCCUGCCUGGGCCUGGGCACCUGGGUGACGUUUGGUGGGCAGAUCUCAGACGAGGUGGCUGAGCAGCUGAUGACCAUCGCAUACGAGAGCGGCGUCAACCUGUUUGACACCGCCGAGGUCUACGCCGGCGGCAGGGCAGAGAUAAUCCUGGGAAACAUCAUAAAGAAAAAGUGCUGGAGGAGAUCCAGCUUGGUGAUCACCACCAAGCUCUACUGGGGAGGGAAGGCCGAGACAGAGAGGGGGCUCAACAGAAAGCACAUCAUUGAAGGACUGAGGGGCAGCCUCCAGAGGAUGCAGCUGGACUACGUGGACGUGGUGUUCGCCAACCGGCCGGACACCAACACUCCCAUGGAGGAGAUUGUGAGGGCCAUGACGCAUGUAAUCAACCAGGGCAUGUCCAUGUACUGGGGCACAUCACGCUGGUCUGCCAUGGAAAUCAUGGAGGCGUACUCUGUAGCCCGGCAGUUCAACCUCAUCCCUCCAGUGUGUGAGCAGGCCGAGUAUCACUUCUUCCAGCGGGAAAAGGUGGAGACUCAGCUCCCAGAGCUCUAUCACAAGAUAGGUGUGGGUGUGGUCUCGUGGUCUCCAUUGGCCUGUGGGAUCAUCACAGGGAAGUAUGACAACGGCAUCCCAGAAACGUCCAGAGCCUCUAUGAAGCCAUACCAGUGGCUGCGUGAGAAGAUAACGAGCGAGGAUGGGAGGAAGCAGCAGGCCAAACUGAAGGAGCUGACUCACAUCGCUGAGAAGCUCGGCUGCACCCUGCCACAGCUAGCCAUAGCCUGGUGUCUGAGAAAUGAGGGUGUGAGCUCAGUGCUGCUGGGCUCCUCCAACCCCGUCCAGCUAACAGAGAACCUGGGGGCCAUUCAGGUGAUUCCGAAGAUGACAACAGGAAUUGCCUCUGAAGUGGAUAAUUUACUUGGCAACCGUCCCCACAGAAAACUCUUUAAACCGAAAACUUUUCACUCAGCUUGUCAGAAAAAAUAAAUGCAUGGAAGCAUAUCUGCCUGGAGCGACGUUUCUAUGUCAUUUAAAUAAAAUACAACUGUGAGAGCAACUGCAUCCCAUGAACUGGUGUUAAAGAACGGACGGAUCUAUAAUGAACAGAACAUGUGUUCCAGACUGCCCGCGAUGUACAUGACAAGUUGUUUACUCUGUUGGUGUUGCGUAUGAAGACUGUGAUAAAGUAUAGUGCCUGGCCAAAAGAGACCGGAUCACACAUGCCAAACUGACAACUGCUUGCGACCGCAGUAGGCUGGUUGAAAAUAAGGUGUUUUAUAAUUAAAUGUUUUAGUACAUGAUAGACUGGGUUCCUUAUAGUUCACAUUAAUUACAACACCAAAUGAGCUAAGUUUCAUUGAAAAUAUCUGUAGACUGUUAUAUCUAUUUUCCUUCAUAAGCAGCUGUGUCAGAACAUGUUUUUAUCUCCAUGUGUUUCAGUAAUUACUUUUUUAAUGUAUGAUUAUUGUAUAUUUCUUAACCCUCUGCAGUAGUGAAAUUACAAUUCAAACCCAGUCGGGUUUUUUUUUUGUCUGUUUUGUUGAUAUAUGAUGAGGAAAGUUAAUGGAAAAUGGGAAGUUAAGGGAAAAUCCAGACACAUUGACAUCCACUGAAUACAACGUCAACCACCUGCACCCAUUGCACCAGGAACUUUCCAUCAUCUCCCUGAAGCCUGUUUAGCUAUGGCAAUGAUGUUUGUUCAAUUUAAGCUUCCGGUCUAAUAAAAUGUGAAUUAUUGGUGUUUGUUGUUGCAUUUGUACAGCCAAAUAAAUGCUGUAUAAUAUA